GGCAACCUUACCUGAGUCGAGUGUCUGCGGCCAUCAUUCCUGCCGCAACGCUACGGUACCCCUCCACUUCCGGUCGAAUUGUUCGGGGCUCGUGGGCCUCGUGGUUUCUACCAGUCACCGCACUGCACUUGCACUUACACUUGCACUCUCCUUCGCCAUUGCCAACUUCUCUACUUCCUUGCGUAAUACAUAAGAACCUCCAAGUUUCCCAUUUUUUUCUCACUUCUUGAUUUUCAUUUUUUAUUUCUUUUUUCCACAAGCCUAUUUGCACUACAUUAGUGUUUAUUCAAUCCACCAUCAACCUACGAACUACUUCACACACCUAAAUUCCAUCUACAAUCCUUUUGAUACUUCUCUUCCUCAUCGCCUACAAUCAUUCACAAUGGGCAAGAAGGCAAUUCAUUUCGGUUCCGGCAACAUUGGCCGUGGCUUCGUAGCUUGCUUCCUACACGAGUCAGGUUAUGAGGUCGUCUUCGCCGAUGUUGUUGACAAGCUCGUCGACUCUCUUAACUCUACACCGUCGUACAACGUCAUCGAGCGUGGUGUUGAGGGUACAGUUACCAAGACGAUCACCAACUACCGUGCCAUCAACUCCAAGUACAACGAGGCCGAACUAGUUGACGAGAUUGCGACUGCCGACGUCGUCACCUGCUCCGUCGGACCCAACAUCCUCAAGUUCAUCGCCCCAGUCAUCGCCAAGGGUAUUGACAAGCGCUCAAAUGACGCCAAGCCCCUGGCUGUCAUUGCCUGCGAGAACAUGAUCGGUGCUACAGACGCUCUUGCCACCCACAUCAAGGACCCCAAGAACACUCCCGAGCACCGUCUCGACGAUCACCAUGAGAGAGCCGCCUACGCUAACUCUGCGAUCGACCGAAUUGUCCCUGCUCAAGAUCCCAACGCUGGCCUAGACGUCACCCUAGAAAAGUUCUACGAGUGGGUUGUUGAGGAGACCCCCUUCAAGCCUAGUGAGAACACAUCCACCAAUGUCGAGAGACCGUCGAUCGAGGGUAUCAAGUGGGUAGACAACCUACUUCCCUUCAUUGAGCGCAAGCUCUUCACUGUCAACACAUCCCAUGCUACCGCUGCCUACUUCGGUUACAACAGACAAAAGCAGACCGUCGACGACGCUAUGCGGGACAAGGACAUCAAGAACCAAGUUGCCGCUGCUAUCAACGAGACUGCCAAGCUCAUCGUCAACAAGCACGGCAUCGCACCGGAAGAGCAAGAUGCGUACAAGCAGAAGAUCAUUGACCGCAUCAGCAACCCCCACCUUGCUGACGCCGUCGAGCGUGUCGGUCGUGCUCCUCUGAGGAAGCUUGGCCGCAAGGAGCGAUUCAUUGCCCCUGCCGCCGAGCUGGCCGAACUAGGCCACGACACCCCGGCCCUGCUUGCUGCUGCCGAGAUGGCUUUCCGCUUCCAGAACGUAGAGGGUGACGAUGAGAGCAAGGAGCUUGCCAAGAUCAUGGCAGAGAACAAUGCUGAGGAUGUCGUCGCCAAGGUUUGCGGUCUGCAAAAGUCAGAGAAGCUGUACCCGAAGGUGCUACAGAUUGUGCAGAAGGUACAGGCGGAUAGCCAAGACUAGAGAAGCUGAUGGGUUUCCCCUUGUUUUCUAUUUCUGCAUCUGCAUUUCUACUGAAUUUCACGGCAUCGGAGCGACUGCUGGGCAUAUGGAAAUGGGGCCAUGGCGUUUUACUGUAUGAUACCGGAGGGGAAAGGAAACGGGAACGCUUUACGAUGACUUAGAUCAAGUCGAUGCUACAUACUGAUGGCAUCUCAUGCGUUGCGCUGCGUUCACGUUUAGAAUCACCCGAGUUAAACUCGCGAGGCGAUUAUAGAGGAAGAUUGAUUCUCAAUAAAUGAAAAAAAUCAUGAAGCAACUUUACAGUGUUUUACAAAAGUGAUUUGUACCCCUUUCCUACGUGAUAUCUGAUUCUCUUAGGACCAAGUACGUAUCUUGAUAUUCUAGGGUUAUAGAUUUCUUUGUCGAUGUGA